GGAGUGGUGCUCUCUCGUUCUCUCUCCGACGUGACUCUUUAGUGUUCUAGCGAGCCUAGGUUGGUAGUAGCACGUGGUGCCGCGUUGUAGCAUUGUUCUUCCGUGCAGAUCACAAGUUUUUUUGUUUUCGAUGGACUUCAUUCCGUGUUCCUAUAUUGGCCAAACUACGGCGGACGGUCGCCGCUUCGACGGCCUUGGCCGUUACACCUUCGCCAACGGCGAUGUUUACGUGGGUGGAAUGCUGGAUGGCCAGUUUCACGGUCAGGGCGUCAUCUUCUUCCGCAGUACCGCCUACGCGGGAAAGUUCGCGUCAGCCGCGAACGCGAACGGUGGCCUUACCAGCGCCUCUGCUCCGGCGAACGAGCAAGGACAGAAGGCGAGCGCAGAGGAAGGUUUGAAAGGCUUCUUGAACCAGACAGACACGGCCGCUUCACCGGCGACGCCAGAGAGCUGGAGCGGGCAGUACCGCGGUGUUUGGGAGCACGGGCGGCACGUGGAGGGUCAGUAUGUCUUUCAAGAUGGGCUUGUCUUUGGCAACGAAGGCGGCGACGCCCGUCGUUUCUCCUCUGCGGCGUGGACGUACUGCCACGGCAGCGACCGUCGCCUCUGGGAGGAGUACCUGGAGAACGUGGCACCAGUGCUGCCGCAUGAGGCGCUACUUGGUGGGGCAAAGUUGCUGCACGAGCGCAAGCACGCUGCGGCGAGCAGCGCAGAUGGUGCACCCAUUGCGGAGGAGGGGGAGGGCCUUCCGCUGGUCCUUCCAAAUGCUUUUGUGCAGGCACGAGCGGCGCCUGCCUUUGCGGCGGGGCAGCUCUCCAGUGUGAAUGACCCGCGUCUGGCGCGGUGGAACGUCGCCGCUGCAAUGACACACGAAGCAGCAAAGACGCAGAAGACGGUGCCGACAUUGAGCACCAGCGAAAGUGCCGCCGCUUCACCAGAGAUGGUCGAGUCCACUAUAGCGUUGCAACUGGCGGUGGCGCAGUCAACGGCGGGUUUACGUGCUCGGGAUCCUUUUAAAGACGGUGGUGCGACGAGGGAUGUGCAUUCGGCCGGCGAGGCGAACGGCGCUCUGCCGCCGAAGCUUAAUUUGUCAGUGUGCCGCGUGAAGGAUGUGGAAGAUGUGAACCGCGAGCUGGUGCAGGUAGUACCGGCUCCGUCCUAA